AGCCAAUUAGUCAAUAUCAGUAAUGUUAUACGUUGAAGCAAUAAAUGAAGUCGCAAAGUGUGUUAGUGAACCCAAUAGCUUUUAAAAUACAAUUAAUUGUAUUUUUAUUGCUUUACGAAAAUGUAAUGUCAAUUUAUUGCCCACAUUAUUGCCGUUGUUCAGUUACAAAAGGCAGAGGACUUGUAAGUUGCGUCGGGAAGACAAUCGUUAGUGUCGAUUUGGAUAUACCGAAAAACGUCCAGUGGCUGCAACUGUCUCACAAUUCCAUUUAUGAAAUUAGAGAUUUUCAAUUUUGGGACUUGCAGCUCGUUUACAUCGUGGAACUGGACCUGGCUUACAACCAGAUCCAACAGAUAGGCUUGAAUGCUUUCGACGGUAUGCGAAGAUUGAAGAAGCUGGAUUUAAGCUACAACCACCUUUAUCACAUCAUGCCAAAUACAUUUGAAGCUAAUAAACAACUUGAAAUGCUUAUUCUUCAAGGAAACCCUUUAAGAUAUAUAACUCAGGCUGAAUCAUUUUUAGUUUCCAAUUCUAUUAAUUAUCUGGAUUUGAGCAACUGUCGGGUCAGUCAUUUUCAUCCAUUAGCUUUUAAAUCAUUACCAAAUUUGAAGCAUUUAAAUAUAUCUCACACCUGGGUUUCUCAAAUAAGAACGAAGGUCUUGGACACCCUUGUUCUUCAACUUCUUGACAUAACAGAAACUGGGAUUAAAUGCGAUGGUGACACUAGAGCGUUGAUAAACUGGGCGUCAAACUAUACGAAAAUCAUCGGCUCUCCUUGUAAAAAAAAUUUGAAGGCUGAAACCAAGAAAUUUGAAAAACUGAUCGCAAUUAAAUAUCCGUAUUUCUCCGAAGAAGACAACGAAGAGAAUCGCAGUAGUGAGGAGGAGUACAAAUGUGAGCCCAAAGAUCAAACACAGGCGAUUACGACCACUAGAAAGCCGGAAGAAACCACCAAGAAAAAGAAUUUCUCCUUGGGAUACCGAGAGCACAUGCUAGCUUUGUCGUUUUUUUGCGGCUUGAUCAUCGGUGGAGCUUUUUCGACAACAGUUAUAUUUAUGUGUAUUUACUCUUGGAAGGCGAUAAAGACAAGAAGAAGAAGAAGAAUGAGACAGUUCAGAAAUAAUAUUUACACAACUUGUGAAACACCACCUCCAACUUAUUGUGACUUAUUUGGAACAAACUAAUAUUACUAACAUAAUAACAAGAUGAAUUAUAAUUACCAAAUAAUAAUGUUUUAAAUUUUGUACAAUUAUAAAAAUAUGGGUCAAAAACUACCAAAAAGAAUAUGAAUA